AUGAGGUAUCGAGAGGAACAAGAUUUAGUGAUCAGGAAUGUAACGUUUAGUGUUGCUCCUGGUAGUAAAUGUGCAAUUAUUGGUAGAACAGCAAGUGGAAAAUCCUCAUUAUUCAAUUGCUUGUUAAGGUUUCAAGAAAUUGAGAAUGAUAAUAAUAACAGUGGUAUCUAUUUGAAUGGAACAGAUGUGAGGGAUCUUUCAUUACAUGCUUUAAGAACAUCAAUUUCUUUCAUUCCUCAAUCUCCAGUGCUAUUUUUGGGAACUUUGAGAGAAAACCUUGACUUUAAUAAUUCUAAUAGUGAUGAGGAAAUUUGGAGUGCCAUUGAACAGGUUGGACUUUCAGAGUUGUUGGAAAGAAAGGUCUGUAAAGAGAGUCAAUCCAUGCCAAAUAUUAAGGAAAUACUAGACUAUUCAAUUUCUGAAAAUGGAAGCAACUUUUCAUGUGGAGAAAAACAAUUAAUAUGCUUGGCUAGAAGUAUUUUGAAAAAAUCCAAAUUACUUUUAAUGGAUGAAGCCACAGCCAAUGUUGACUCAUUCACCGAUUCUCAAAUUCAAAAGACUCUUCGUGGUCCACUAUUCAACAAUUGUACCAUCAUUACCAUCGCUCACAGAAUUGAAACUGUUAAAGAUUAUGAUAGAAUCAUCUUGAUGAAAUUGGGAGAAAUUGAAAUGAAUGACACUCCAUCUCAAGUUUUACAAUACUAUGUAGAGAAUUACAAUCAAUAA